GGCCCGGCGCGAUGGUGCAGCAGCGGGGCGCGCGGGCCAAGCGGGACGGCGGGCCGCCGCCCCCGGGGCCCGGGCCGGCCGGCGAGGGGGCGCGCGAGCCCGGCUGGUGCAAGACCCCGAGCGGCCACAUCAAGCGGCCGAUGAACGCGUUCAUGGUGUGGUCGCAGCACGAGCGGCGAAAGAUCAUGGACCAGUGGCCCGACAUGCACAACGCUGAGAUCUCCAAGCGCCUGGGCCGCCGCUGGCAGCUGCUGCAGGACUCGGAGAAGAUCCCGUUCGUGCGGGAGGCGGAGCGGCUGCGCCUCAAGCACAUGGCGGACUACCCGGACUACAAGUACCGGCCUCGCAAGAAGAGCAAGGGGGCGCCCGCCAAGGCGCGGCCCCGCCCCCCCGGAGGCGGCGGUGGCGGCAGCCGGCUGAAAGCCGGGCCACAGCUGCCGGGCCGCGGGGGCCGCCGAGCGACGGGAGGGCCUCUGGGGGGCGGCGCGGCGGCGCCGGAGGACGACGACGAGGACGAAGAGGAGGAGCUGCUGGAAGUACGCCUGCUGGAGACCCCCGGGCGCGAGCUGUGGAGGAUGGUCCCGGCGGGGCGCGCCGCCCGCGGACCCGCAGAGCGCGCGCAGGGGCCAUCCGGCGAGGGGGCGGCCGCCAACGCCGCCUCCCCGACGCUGUCGGAGGACGAGGAGCCCGAGGAAGAGGAGGAGGAGGCGGCUACAGCCGAGGAGGGCGAAGAGGAGACGGUGGCGUCGGGGGAAGAGCCGCUGGGCUUUCUGUCCAGGAUGCCCCCCGGCCCCGCCGGCUUGGACUGCAGCGCCCUGGACCGCGACCCGGACCUGCUGCCCCCUUCGGGCACAUCCCACUUCGAAUUCCCGGACUACUGCACCCCUGAGGUUACCGAGAUGAUCGCAGGGGACUGGCGCCCGUCUAGUAUCGCCGACCUGGUUUUCACCUACUGAGCCCACCGUCAGCGGGGCGCGCACGCCCCCAAACCAGCUGUUUACAUACAGGAAUCAGGUAUUGGGGCCCCUCGGAGGCCGAGGCUGGCACCCCAUCUCCCGCGCAGCCUCCCCCCUCCUAGUCGUGCCCAUCCCCCCCCACAGAUCCAGACAUACCCCUCCCCCGCAGACACACCCCAAGGCAGCCCAACCCCCACCUUCUCCCUGACAUCUAAGCCCCUCCCCAUCCAGUCCUGUCCCGCGUAGCCACCAGCAGCCAGCCCCCCCCUCGGAUACACCUCCUGUUCCUCCUACAUACCUGAACCCCUCCCCCCCACUUUGCACACGCCCCUCCUCGUGGCCGGACGGCACGCCCCUUUGCUCCAGAAUCCCUCCGCCCUCACCCGGGUCUGCCUUGGUGGUUAGGGGGGCGCUGCAGUCUGGCUGUCCGGCGCUUCUCCUAGUCCCCUCCUCUUCUUGGGGGAAGGGCGCCAUCCCUUUCCCCCUGGAUCUCGAGGCCCCACCCCUCAGCUUGAACCAUCCCCUUCUUGCGCAUGCUUGAUGCUUCUUGGAGGGGCCGGUCCCAGUUGAGCUGCAGGCCUCGGUCGCCAACUCCGAAAGGGAGGGGGCGAUUAUAGAGUGAUCUAAGAAAUCCUUUGAUCCCGGAGCCUGUGGCUUCCUCUCAACCCAACGGGGCGUCACUGCCUUAAUGGGAAGCGCACUCAAAGGGAGAGAUAGAAACUAGCUAGCCCUAAACUCUGCAAGUGUCAACCCCUUUUCUAUGAUGGGGUCACCCACGCCCACCACCACCCUCCACCGCGUGACUGCCUUUACAGCCCAUCUUGGUCGCCGGAAACUUCCUUUCCCCAAGUGGGAAUUUGGAAUUCCGUCUUUGUCUGGAAAUCCACCAAGAUGGUAUUGUCCAAGAGAACUCAGAACCAAGACACCUACCAGUCUGGGGACAGAGUUCCUGCUGCCCCCUCAACCCCCCUCCUCGGGAAGCGCCCUAUCAGCUCAGGGCAUCCUCUCUGCCUGGGCUCCUCCCUAAGUCCAUCGCCCUUUCCAGUCACUCUAAUCCAGUCUCAACAGCCACAGCUGCAGUAUUCAGUGGGAGAAACUCAAGCACGUUGUUGCUAGGGUUUAGGACAGGCAUACCAGCAGACAGGGGUGGCAGGAAUGAGGCCCGAGUCUAACCAGUGGCUUGGGAGGCCAGGCCAGGGCGGCCAGGGAUGGUGGCUGAGCCAGCGGACGCGGUGCCCUGCACCCGGUCUGCCCUUGCGGGGAGUGGAGAUGGCACUGCUGUAGUUAGGAGGAAGCUGUGUUGAGAUUAGGUUGCCCUCCAGAGCCCUGCCCGGGUGCCAAGUCCGCUCCACUGGUCUCCCGCUCGAGCCCCGCCCCUCCGGCCUCCUCAUCCUCCCUCUGCCCUCACUACCUGUAUCUCACCGGCGUGUGUUCACCCUCUGGGUCGUUCACACACACUCAUUCACACACACACAAAUCUCAGGAACCAACGGUCCCAGAGUCCUCCUGGGCCCCUGCCCUGGGUCUCGGCAGGUCUCUGCCCCAUGCGUUCCCUUCGCUGACAACGCCACCAGCUGCCUCCUUUAAGCUUGGUGCUCCGGCUCUGGGCCUUUCUUGCGCUCUCUCUCUCUCUCUCUCUUUCUCCUCCAGUUUUCUUUUUUUUUUUCUUUCUUUCUUUUUCCUUUUUUUUUAAGAAAACAAGUAACAAAAAAGACAAUGAAAAAAAAAAAACGGAAUCCGUCAUGUGAGUGAAGAAAUGUCACUGUCUGUGGUCUUUGGAGAACUAGUCUCGUAGCGGAGAGGAGGGGAUCCCUCCUCUGGGGCGCUGGCACCCACAGCAGGACUCGCCAGUCUCAUGCCAGGACUGAAUAAAGUGUAUUUGCCCCGACCUCGCCCUGUGGUUCUGCAUGUGUGUGCUUCUCACCCCUGGCCAGCUUCAAGUGCCUAGAGUAUGGGCAGGGAGAGCUGGAUGUCUCUCUAGGCCUCUCUACCCUCUAGCUCAGGAACCGCUGCCUUCAUUAAAGAUGGCAAACUGGCUUUGACAGUGGCCAGGCAGGCGUAAGUGGGAGGACGGGUGGACGCUGGUGUCAGCAGCAGUGGAAGGGUGACAGCCCACUGGAGCCAAAUAGCCACAUCUUUUUUUUUUUUUUUUUUUCUUUUUCCAAGAUGCAGGAAACAAGUCCUUGCAGUUGCAAAAUAUAAGCCCAUGCAAAUACUUAAGUUUUUGUAGGUCAGGUGAAAGGUGUGCGGGCAGGACUGACCAAAGGGGUCAGUUUUGCUGUUUAAUGAGGAUUAGGAAGCAAGGCUGGGAGAGUGUGCUCAGGGCCCAGCUCCUCGGCAGCUCUGCUGGACAUGUGUCUUGUGAGGUUCACAAUGGUGUUUUCAGAGUGGAACCAUGCUCGAGGUCAGCGGCAUUUAAUGUGGCAUGCUCCAUAAAUCGUGCUGCUUCAUUUCCAGAGUAGGAGGCUGGGGGAGCAUGGAGAGUCAUCUUAGAGUCCCCACCAAACAGCCAGAGCGAAAAGUGCCCUGAGCUGUCCCACGAAUGUGUCGUCCAGUGGGCUUUCACAAGAGCGUGGGCCAAGGUCCCAGCAUACAUGGGCCUCAGUGUAGGCGUUACCAGCGGCAGCAGGCUAUGAGGCUUCUCAGGAGGUUCUAGCUGUUCUUCCGAGGUCCUCUGUACCUUUCCCCUGAAGCUUUGUCUGCCAAUGCUCAGGAAAAGGCCAUUUUCCCUGUAAGUCAAGAUUGGAUGUGGGUCUCAUCAGGGCAUCUUUUCUGCUUCUGAUUGGAAGCAAACGGGAGAAAUCAUGAAGAGGUAGUAGCAUUUAGAAAGGGAGGGCAGGGUAUGUGCUAAACAGAAGUUAGUUCAAGGAAGGGCUUCCUAGGCCAUGGGAUACUGGGGCAGUGAGUGGCCUCCUGCAAGGUCAGCCCUUGACAGACAUGAGCUUGCCCAAGGCCACACCCUUCUCCCUCAUAGGGCUGCCCAGUGUCUAAGCUAGGCUGUUUGAGUGCCUAUGGGGCAGGCUUUGUCAGGCCCCCUGCAGUUUCUUGCCUCUUUUCUCCACAGGUGUUGAUCCUAAUAAACAUCUUACACCCAAA